GGUGCCCAAGCAGCUUGCUUUGUUAGACUGAUCUUUGUUUGGCCUCUACCCGUUGACCUUUCAAGCAUGAUUAGAUCUGCGGAUGAGGAGCCAUCCCGUAUAGCUCGCAGGUUGACGCCCGGCAUCGAAAUCAUGAAAUCAUGUCCAUGUUUCUUAUGUUCAUUUCGCUUUGUCUUUCACUUUGCCUUCCAUUUACGAAUCAUGGGGGUUUUCGUUAUUCUCAUCGCUCACCAAUGCUGCCUCAAGUUACAUUAUUUGUUUCCCGCAUCGUUUCAUUCCUUUCUGUUUAGCACUUGCGGUCUGAGUAACUAUCUUUUUAUGGCACAACUGAAAGAUCACGUCCCUAUUCGGCCGGAUGAGCCCCGUAAGGUACUCAUUCGGGUUUAUGGUGAAGUAUUGCGUAGCAGUAUGGACUCUAUUGUACUGGAUUCCAUCAAUUUCGCCAUUCUCUCAGAGAAGAGAAUGGGUCCUGCUCUCCAUGGUGUAUUUCCUGGUGGUCGUAUUGAAGAGUUUAUCCAAUCUCGAUCGAUGGUAACGUCCGAGUUGGGAAAACCUGCCGCUAUGAAAGCUGUGGCACAACAAUUGGCCCGAAUUCACAAUCUAAACAUGCCUUUUUGCAAACAGCCACGGUUUAUAUUCAAAAUGAUGGAUAAAUUUCUUGCCCAACUAUCAGGAAAAAUGGAUCCACCUACCCGACCGUUGCCGAAUAUAUCGAUGCCGUCGUUACAAGCGUUAGAACAAGAAUAUCUGAGUGACAGGGAACUGGAUAGCACGUGGAGCGAAUGCGGCUUCGAAUACGCGCAAAGACUGGCCGUCGAAUUCAAAAUUUACGAAGAAUAUGACUGGCUAAAGUACGUGCAACUCUCAUCGGAUUAUUUUUUGUUAGAUACUGAAAUGUUGCUCCCAAUGGAAGGGCCCAAACGAGGAAAAUGUAUUAUCGCAUUGAUUAGCGACUACAAUGCACUCAAAUUGUGA